AUGCCUUUCAAAUAUAAAAAAAAAGAAACGUCUAGAACCAGGAGCAAUUUAGAUCUGUCAGUAAUAAGAAAUGCUAUAUGUGACAUUGAUAAAGGAAAUUCUAUUAGAGGUGUUGCUUUGGAAUAUGGAAUUGAUCGAAAUACUUUACGAAAUUAUUUAAGAGACAGGUCCAAAUUGACUAAAAUAACUGAAAAAGGAAGUCAGUUUAAAACAUCUUUGAUAUUUACGAUCGAGGAAGAGAAAGCACUUGUUGACUAUGUUCUAACUUGCAGCAAAAUGAAUUAUGGCUUAACCAGACAGGCGGCUAUGAAGCUGGCAUAUGAAUAUGCAACAAUAAAUUCUAAAAAGGUUCCAGAUUCUUGGACUUCCAAUAACUGUGCAGGAAAAGAUUGGUUCAGAGGAUUCAUGACAAGAAACCCUGAACUAAGUUUGAGGACCCCAGAAGCUACCAGUUUAUCAAGAUCAACCACCUUUAAUAGAAAAAACGUUGCUGAUUUUUUUGACAACCUCAAAGAAGUUAGAGAAAGAUUUAAAUUUGAAGCUCAUAACAUUUAUAACUGCGAUGAAACGGGGUGUACGACUGUACAAGAAUGUCCCAAAGUAAUAGUGAGCAAGCAUGUUCGUCAAGUUGGACAAGUAACUUCGGCUGAACGUGGCAGUCUUGUGACCGUUUGUUUCGCCGUGAACGCUCUGGGAAAUGUUAUUCCACCAUUUUUCAUAUUCCCUAGGGUUAAAUACAACGAAUCCUUUGUAGCUAGUGGACCACCAGGCUCACAAGGUGACUCCUAUCCGAGUGGAUGGAUGACAACCAAGAGUUUUGUAAAAUUCAUGGAGCAUUUUGUCAAGUAUUCGAAAGCGUCUGUUCAAAACCAAGUCCUGCUUAUCCUCGACAACCACGAAAGCCAUGUCAAUAUUGAAGUCGUCAAAUACGCAAAAUUACAUGGAGUAACUUUGCUGACUUUACCACCCCACUGCAGCAAUAAGUUACAGCCAUUGGAUGUUGCCAUUUAUUCAUCUUUGAAGGCUAGAUAUAACUCAGCCAUGAAUAAUUGGAUGGUAAGUAACCCAGGACGAACUGUAACGAUCUACAAUAUACCAGGAUUUGUUAGCACAGUCAUGUCUCAGGCUUUUAGCCAAUCCAAUAUUUUGAGUGGAUUUCGAAAAACUGGAAUACACCCCUAUAACCCGGACAUCUUUACAGAUGAAGACUUUUUAUGCUUCUCGGUAACAGACAGAGAAAUGACUGGUGAACUUCAACAGCAAGAUGUUUCUUCGAUUGCUUUUCCCUCAGUAGCUGCAGAACUACCGCCAGAUUUAAAUAUGAUCGAACUACCUUCAUCAUCUACUGUACAACGUCAAUCAGAGCCUUCAACAUCAGCAUCAGUAUUCAUGAAUGAAACUGUAGCGUCUAGGGCCAAUUCACCAUCAAUUUUGAUUGGGGAAGAAUCUGAGCAGGCAAUUGCAAUCUUAGGAAAAUCGGCAGAGGUAGCUUCUACAUCUCAAGAUCUGGAAAUGACAACGGUAGAUUAUGAUUCACGACAAAAACCAAAAAUAGUUUUACCACAAAUGAUUCGUCCAUUUCCAAAAGCUGCUCCAAGAAAAAGUCUUCGUCGUGGUAGACAGCCUGGAAAAACUAAAAUUUUAACAAAAACGCCUGAAAAACUAGACCAAGAUGAUGAUGCACCGACAUCUAAGAAAAUUAAAAUAACUAAAAGAAACAAAAAGGUAAAACAAAGAAAAAGACUGUAA